CCAGGAAUCUGUAGAUGGUUCUGAAGGAUACAAUAUAUUGUCUAAUUGUAUAAAGUCAAGUACUGGUAAUCACGUACAUUUCAGUGUAAUUCCAAUCAUAUUUACUUCAUCCCUAUACAUCUACGACCAUGGAUUUCUCCGCUUUAAAUAAUGAAGACCGAGUCUACAUCGAGAAGGUGAUGGAGAAAAAGCAGAUGCAAGACUUCCUGCAGCUCUACAGUAAACUGUCUAUCCGCUGUUUCUCUGACUGUGUCAAUGAUUUCUCCACGCGCACUAUCACCGACAAGGAGAGCGCCUGCACCACUUUGUGCGUCGAGAAGUUCAUCAAAAUGUCUCAACGGAUGUCACAACGCUUCGCGGAGCAACACAUGAUUAACCAACAAUAAGAGUAUUAUGUCUAAGUGGAUGCAUACGUGUAUGUGCACCUGUGUUUGUAUAUCUACCUCAUGUACAACAUAGUACAUCUGCAUGAGAUCCAACGGAAAGGCAUACAUGGCUUAGCGCAGCAUAAAAUUAGCAUGCGGGGUUGAACGGCGAGAGCAAGCACAGGUACAGACCGAACUAGGAUACAGCCUCGUAUAUGUAAUAAAGCUACACGUGUCGUUUUACUGAAACUGAG